GUGCUAUAAUGAGACGAUGCUGGUGGUGAAGAGCACGAGGCGGGCCGCCGAGAGCAGCACCACGUGAUCACGAUCGCCGCGAGAACCCGCAGCCAGGCCGUGUUGCGGUGCCUGAGGAGGAGGUGGAGCAGGCGGGGAGUGUUGCGCCCUGGGACUCGGGGGCUCGAACCUCGCGCGCUGCCUCGCUCGUGCGCGCACUCGUGCAGGCGCCUGGAGUGCCUUUGUGCCUGCACGUGUAGUGAUAAGUGCGUCAAAUAUUGUGAUAACUUAGUGGUGGAAGCUAAGUCCGAGUAAAUGUAAGGUGUGGUGGCUCCCAGAAAAGGAAGCAUUCAUGAUGCGUGAAUUCAAGGUGGUGGUGCUGGGGUCCGGCGGCGUGGGCAAGUCUGCGCUGACGGUGCAGUUCGUGUCCGGGUGUUUCAUGGAGAAGUACGACCCCACCAUCGAGGACUUCUACCGGAAGGAGAUCGAGGUGGACGCGUCGCCGUGCGUGCUUGAGAUCCUGGACACCGCGGGCACGGAGCAGUUCGCGUCCAUGCGAGACCUCUAUAUCAGAAACGGACAAGGCUUCGUGGUCGUGUACUCGCUCACGAACCACCAGACCUUCCAGGACAUCAAGGGCAUGAAGGAGCAGAUCACACGCGUCAAGGGCACGGACCGCGUCCCCAUCCUGCUGGUGGCGAACAAGGUGGACCUGGAGCACCAGCGCGAAGUGAUCACGGCCGACGGCAUGGCCCUGGCGCACAUGUGGGGCUGCCCCUUCAUCGAGGCCUCCGCCAAGAACAGGUGUAACGUCAACGAGGUCUUCGCGGAGAUCGUCCGGGAGAUGAACUUCAACCCGGGCAAAAAGGAACCCAACUACUGCUGUUGCGUUCUACUCUAACACCAGCUAUGAAUCAUAGGCACAUGAAGACUGCAUCUUCCUCAGAAGAUCCCUAAGGCCCUCAUAAGCAGUGCAGACACUCUACUAGACCUUCCUCAAGACCAUUAGCUAGCCAAAAGAUGUCUUCUGAAGUACUUCUUGGAUAAUAAACACUCACCAGUGGAUCAUGGCGACAGUGAGGACUCUGCCAUACCUUGAUGUUACCGACUUGCCAUCCAGUCUUCACCUGGGCGCCACCAGGGACCAUCACCAUGGAAUCACUUACCAGUCUUGAAGACCAUCCUCCAUCUUCACCUUGAGCAGAAAGCUCCCACACACACUCUGCUUUCUUUACCUUCAUCACUCAUCCUGGCAUCCAGCCAGUUGUUGGUGUAUGUUAUAUUCUUCUUCCAUCUUCAAGACCACAGUAGCAGGAACAAGUCUGCAACUAUGUCCUACUUAGCUAAAGCUUUUUGUGAUUUUAAUUGUUGCAAUAUGCAAAGAUGUAUAGUGUAGCAAGACAUGAAGUUUAUGUGGUCAUGGUCUGAUGCUGUCUGCACUCUCAGUAUUUAAAAUGUUUGUUUGAUGGAAACACAGCUUCCGGAGGAAUCACUUGAUAUGACAAGAAAUUAUUUUGUUAUUGUAAGUUACCGUGCAAUAUUUUGUGAGCAAAUGGCAAAUGGACAGAAAGAGUGAUCUAGUGAGAGUGGUAAAACAGUAUAUGAAAAUAGAGGUCUGAACUGGCUUGAGGGACCUACUUAGAGUUAACUGCUCUGUGACCAGUAACUCAAAUUGACAUCCUGGAGAUUGGCCUUACACAGGGAGUGGAGCAGCCCAUCAAGAAAUGUGAUUAUGCGCUUCCCUCACGCUCUGUAAAUAUGUCAUAUGCUAGUAACACAGCUUAAGUUUGGAUGCAAUAGUCUGUUUCUUCAUGAUAAGUUUGUUGUAAUAAUAUUCAAUGUAUAUAAUACUGCCCCGCACAAAGGGUUUAGGUCAUUAUUUGUCUCAGUAAAUACCCACCAUAACUUCAUCGCCUGUGCAAGGCCUUAGUUAUUAACAAGAUUUUGAUUAAUACUGUUUUGGCUUUAAACUUUGUUCAAAAGUCUUUCAGAAGAUUUUUUUUUUUUUUUUUUUUUUUUCUAGGUAGUUUGCAAUUAUAAAAAUUACUACCUGAUUACUUGCACAUGUUGUAAUAAAAAUAGCAAUAUUAGCCAACUGCAUUUGUUAUAUUUGUUGGCAGAACGAUUAAGGUUGGAAGAGAAUUUUUAAAAGUUGAAGAAAUGUAUGUAUUUUACAUGAAGAUAAUUUUUAUCAUGGUGCAGUGGUAGUGAGACAAAUUUCAGAGAAGUGAUAUAUACCAAAGCUCUGUUAAAAUAUGAGAUUAAUUAAUCUCAGACAGCAAACUUUGCUCUAUAUGUAGAUUUUUAAUAACCAACUAUGAAUAUUUGUGUUGCUUGUAUAAAAUAUUAAGCCUUUUCUUUUGGAGAAGCACUUUUUUUCUUCUUUUUUUUUCUUUUUUUCAUCUUGUGACUUCUCCCAUGUUUGUGUUUGAUUUUAGUGUAUACCCAUAUAACCCUUUCAGUUUGUCCCACCCAUCACUUAGUAUAGUUUGAGGUGCUUCUGGCUGCAUCUCCCUUUCUAAUACUGUUUACUCGUUCAGAAAAAACACUGAAAUCUUUGUCUUGUGCAAACUUUUCUUUUGAAGGGAGGAAAGGGGGGGGGAGGGUAAGCCUUGUUUUCCAGUGUAAAAGUAAUAUUCUGACAAUUUUUUUUCUUUUCUCUCUCUCUCUCUAAGAGUUAUCAAAAUUUUGUAUCUUUGUGUAUAUCACUAAACUCUGAACCAAUUUAGUAUAACUGACUAAAUGAAAAAUUACAUUGCCUCCCUUUAGUUUUUAUGUAUUUCCUCUUCUAGUGUAAAUGAUUGAUGUUUACAGAGAUGAGAAAAUUAUAAUGAAUAAAUGAUUUUUCAGCCGAAGGAGAAGAUCCUUUUGCAAAAGACAGGUGGUCAGGUUUUAGGCUAACGGUUAUCUUCAGAGGAUCUAAAAAGCAAUGCAGAUGGAUGUUUCUGCACAAUAGUGGAUGUGAUGUGUGACGAACUUGUGCAUUGGUUAAUUUGUCUAAGAGAGAGCCUGCACAUAUCUUAUUUUAGAACCCUUUGUCUUCAUAAGUCCUCAACAAAUAUAAAACUUGACAGUGUUAGCCCAAAGUGGAUAAAAAAAUAAAUAAAGACCCAUCUGGGGUAGCAGCACAUUGACCUAUUAUCUAGCGUUUACACCAUCAUGUCUUGCGUCUGUAAUGCUCAUAUCAUUUGAAUUAUAACCUAUUCGAAUGAAUGUAUAAUUAAUUUGUUAUAAAAAUAAAUGUAUUUUUAAAUAUGUUGAAUACCUACUGCAUUUGAUUUAUUUGACCUCUUGGUUAGAAAAACAAUUGGAAUUGAGUAUAUUACCAUUUGUGAAAAUGUCCUUUUGAUUUAAUUACUAAAACAAAGGAAAAUUGUACUCAUUUUCACAUAAAACGAAACACUUAUUCUUGCUUCGUAAUAUCAAAAAUGAAUUUAAAAUUCAUAUUAUUUCUUGAUGUUACAGGUUUUCUCUUGUUAAUUGUACUAAACUUUCCUACUCUACUGUUUUAGGAGAAGGCCAAAUUUUUUUUUUGCAUUUUUAUUUGUUUUGCAACUGUUUUGAUACUGAAACUUAAAUCUAGAACAAGGGAUAUAUAUAUAUAUAUUUUCUGCAAAAUCAUGUUUCAUAAUGCAGCACAUGAUCAUUACAUCUCAAUAUACCAUGCUUCAAACCUUUCAAAAACCUAUUCAUACAAGUUACCUCGUACAAAAAUUAAUAAUAAACUACGUAAGAGAAAUACUCUUAAUUAUUCUGUCCAUUAUAUUCUUAAUCAAGAGGUCAAGAAGUGUGUGAGCCCACACUAAGCCCUUGGUGAAGGGAAGUUUUGAUUAUGAUACGUGCAAAGCUCAGCUGUGUGAGAUGGGGCUAGACUGGACACAGUCCUGCUCUGACUCCAUAAUAAGUGGUUGGAGAUAAUGUUUAGUUGUGCGCUUUAUAAAGCUGAUGGAAUAAAGAAACGUACAGCAUGGUAUUUAUCUAUACAACCUAUUAUCCUUUUAAAAGUAUAUGAAUAUUUUAAUAAACUUUUACUUUUCCUUACAUUCUAUUUUCUUUUCCAGUAAUAAAAUAGAUGCUUUAU